AUGAUCAAGUGGAGGGACUGGGCAAGGCUGGUGAGAGAGUUUGUGGCUCAGAACAACACCUCCCAGAUCAAGCAUGUCAUCCAGAUCCUGUCCCAGGAGUUUGCCCUGUCCCAGCACCCCCACAGCCGCAAGGGGGGGCUCAUCGGCCUGGCUGCUUGUUCCAUCGCCCUGGGCAAGGACUCUGGGCUGUACCUGAAGGAGCUGAUUGAGCCCGUCCUGACGUGCUUCAACGACGCCGACAGCCGCUUGCGCUACUACGCCUGCGAGGCCCUCUACAACAUCGUCAAGGUGGCCAGGGGCUCUGUCCUCCCACACUUCAAUGUGCUCUUUGAUGGCCUCAGCAAGUUGGCUGCUGAUCCUGACCCCAAUGUCAAAAGUGGUUCUGAGCUCCUCGAUCGGCUUCUCAAGGACAUUGUGACAGAGAGCAACCAGUUUGACCUGGUGGGCUUCAUCCCGCUGCUGCGCGAGAGGAUUUACUCCAACAACCAGUACGCCCGCCAGUUCAACAUCUCCUGGAUCCUGGUCUUGGAGUCUGUGCCUGACAUCAACCUCUUGGAUUACCUGCCAGAAAUCCUGGAUGGGCUCUUCCAGAUCCUGGGAGACAACAGCAAGGAGAUAAGGAAAAUGUGUGAGGUGGCUCUCGGGGAGUUCCUCAAGGAGAUCAAGAAGAACCCCUCCAGUGUCAAGUUUGCAGAGAUGGCCAAUAUCCUGGUGAUCCACUGCCAGGCAGCAGAUGACCUGAUCCAGCUGACAGCCAUGUGCUGGAUGAGGGAGUUCAUCCAGCUGGCAGGCAGGGUGAUGCUGCCUUACUCCUCGGGGAUCCUCACCGCUGUCCUGCCCUGUCUCUCCUACGACGAUCGCAAGAAGAACAUCAAGGAGGUGGCAAACGUGUGCAACCAGAGCCUGAUGAAGCUGGUCAUCCCAGAGGAUGAUGAAAUGGAUGAGGCCAAGCAGUUGAUGACCCUGCCAGCAGAACCCACCUCGGAGGAGUCUCUCUCCAAACCAGAAGCAGCGUCCAGUGGUUCCCUGGAUGCAUCUGGUGACUCCAACCUGAGCAACAAUAGCAUCCUCACCAUGACCAGCUCUGAGAGGAUCCAGGUGACCCUGAACCUGGAUGGGAUAGUUCAGGUGCUGGAUUGUCACCUUCACGACACGUCCAUUGGGAUGAUGACCAGAAUUGCAGUCCUGAAGUGGCUCUACCACCUCUACAUCAAGACUCCUCGUAAGAUGUUCCGACACACCGACAGCCUCUUCCCCAUCCUGCUGAGGACCCUCUCGGAUGAGUCGGAUGAGGUUAUCCUGAAGGACUUGGAGGUGCUGGCUGAGAUUGCUUCUUCCCCAGCAGGACAGACAGAAGGUCAUGGUCCCUCUGAUGGCUCUGAGGUGCGACCUGGCCCCGUGGAGCUUCAUGUCCCAUCCAGGACUGGCCAGCUGAGCUCCUCUGGUCCAAAAGGCUUGGAAUGCUCACCCUCCACCCCCACCAUGAACUCCUACUUCUACAAGUUCAUGAUCAACCUGCUCAAGCGCUUCAGCAGCGAACGGAAACUCCUGGAGACCAGAGGAGCCUUCAUCAUCAGGCAGCUUUGCCUGCUCCUGAACGCCGAGAACAUCUUCCACUCCAUGGCAGACAUCCUGCUGCGGGAGGAGGACCUCAAGUUUGCCUCUACCAUGGUUCACACCCUGAACACCAUCCUGCUCACCUCCUCGGAGCUCUUCCAGCUGAGGAACCAACUGAAGGACCUGAAGACCCCGGAAAGCCGGAACCUCUUCUGCUGCCUGUACCGCUCCUGGUGUCACAACCCGGUGACAACCGUGUCCCUCUGCUUCCUCACCCAGAACUACAAACACGCCUAUGACCUCAUCCAGAAAUUUGGGGACCUGGAGGUCACCGUGGAUUUCCUCACCGAGGUGGACAAGCUAGUGCAGCUCAUCGAGUGCCCCAUCUUCACCUACCUCCGCCUGCAGCUGCUGGAUGUGAAGAACAACCCCUACCUGAUCAAGGCUCUCUACGGGCUCCUGAUGCUGCUGCCCCAGAGCAGCGCCUUCCAGCUCCUCUCCCACCGCCUCCAGUGCGUCCCCAACCCCGAGCUGCUGCAGGCUGGGGACAGCACCAAACCCAGCACCAGCUUCAAGAGGACCUCAGCCCCCAGCAUCGACUACACGGAGCUGCUGCAGCACUUUGAGAAGGUCCAAAACAAGCACCUGGAAGCCCGACACCAACGAGCAGGGCGGGCAGAGCAGCUGGACAGGAGGGUGGUCCUCUGA